CAGAGAAAGAGAAAGAGGAAGAUAGAAAGAGAGAGCGAGAGAAUGGGGAGGAGGGCGUGCAGUGCGAAGGAAGGGAUGAAGAGAGGGGCAUGGACGAGCAAGGAGGACGAAACCUUGGCCUCGUACAUCAAGGCCCAUGGCGAAGGCAGAUGGAAGGAAGUCCCCCUCAAAGCUGGUGUCCUCUCCUACAGAGUUGACCCGUGUCAAACGACGAAGCGAUUACAAUGAAGGUACACACAUAGGGAAGCAGACACCUCCUACUCGAUCACUACCUACCGUCCAAAUUAAUCUCUUAGAUGGAGUAGAAAAUUAAUUCUCUAACAAAUGUAUCAAAAGGACAUGACAACCGUAGCAUUUAAUUUCUUUUGGAUGUUACCUUACCAGAUGGGUUGUCACUGAACAUGACUUGCACAAAAAGGACAAAUGGUGGCCGUUUUCUUCAACAUGAAAGCACAGUGAUAAGAAAUUUGAAGGCCGAUGACCACUGGUUAGCCGUGAGCCUUUGUCUGUGGGUGUGACCCAUGCCGGAGCACGCACACACAAGUGCCCAUACACGUGUGUGCCCAUACACGGUCGAAACCAUCCAUGCCAUGCCAGUGCACGUACAAAUUCGAAAGCAAGCCAAAACACACGUGCCAUUUUUGCAUGUGUGGUCACUGGUCUACAAUGUUAAAACCUUGUGUUUUAUUUUCAUUUUCUCUUUUUGAGAAUAUAUUAAUCUUUUCUCUUGCCGCAAACUAAGCACUCUACAUGAAGCCGAUGGAUACCUAACACUGCACGCCUAGUCAUGUUCACCAAGCGACAGAUCAGGAAGAUUAUUGCCUGGGGAUUGGUGACUUUCUCAUGUCUGUCCAUGGAUGGAACACGCAAAUGGUCGAUCAGCGGUGGUGCCGAGGGUUGGAUCUCCCCGGACUGAGCCUCUUGGAGGUCCCACAGACCGGAUCGGCGAUCUCUUGCAGUGGCCGUGCUGCGGCCGUGGUACUCUCCUACUCUAAGACGAGCUCCUUAGCCGAAAGGUGCCCCAGCCAGCCAGAUGCAGCUAGUGGAGGGUCGUUGGCAACUUCCCCACCGCAGCACCAGGGAUCAAGGCCACCGAUACGCUCGCAGGAGCGGGCCGUGUGUCAAACUUCUCUAGUUUUAGAGUUUUUUUUUAGCAUCAGUACAGACACAAGCGCCUAUCAUCUUGAGAUUUACGAGGCCAUCGUAGGCGCCUCGUCGUCGACAUGAACGGCUCCUUCCAUUGAAAACGCAUCGCCAAAAAUCCUGAAAUAAAUCCAAAAAUAAAGCGAGCACCGGGAUUUGAACCCUGGUGGCUUGGGAAUAUCACUGUCCACCUAACCAUCUCAACCACAGGUUAGUUCACCUCUAGUUAUAGAGUUGACGGACGAAAUCCACGCUUAUCAAUUUGUCGAGGGACCAAAAAUAGACUUUUCUCAUUAGUAAAAGCUCAACCUUCUCUCAGCAUCUGGUGGGAAGGAACCUUGGCAUGCCUCUGAGGCUCUGAGCACCCGCAACUUCCGGGGAGUCGACUGGCAGCAUGUCCCUCUUCUAAUAGUAAAUGUUCGUGUUUCCCCCCACCUAGACAUACAAAUGCAACGAUUCUUAGGACUUGUCACAGAAAUAUGACAUCAAUCAAACCUGCCGGCGAAGAAACGGCCGCGCUGCGCAUCCCGAUUCAUUGCACACAUGGAGCUUUCCUUGCCUUUUGGUCCAUCCACCUCUAGAGAGAAGUGUCGAUCACGAUAACCAUGGCUGAGGGUGCUAAGCAGGUCCACGUAGACGCGCUAUUGUACAAUGCUAAACAGGUCCACGUAGCCGCGCUGCUGUACAAUGCUGAACGGGGCCACGUAGACGCGCUGAUGUAUAUAAAUACGGCAACAAUCCUGCCGCCCACAGAUGAGAUGACAUAGAGAGAGGUUGCCUCAGAAGAAAGAGGAAGAUAGAAAGAGAGAGAGAGAGAGAGAGAGAAUGGGGAUGAGGACGUGCAGCGCGAAGGAAGGGGUGAAGAGAGGGGCAUGGACGAGCAAGGAGGACCAAACCUUGGCCUCCUACAUCAAGGCCCAUGGCGAAGGCAGAUGGAAGGAAGUCCCCCUCAAAGCCGGUCUGCGGCGGUGCGGCAAGAGCUGCCGGCUGCGGUGGCUCAACUACCUCCGGCCGAGCAUCAAGCGGGGCAACAUCUCCGACGACGACGAGGAGCUCAUCGUCAGGCUCCACCGCCUCCUCGGCAACAGGUGGUCCCUCAUCGCGGGCAGGCUGCCCGGCCGAACAGACAACGAAAUCAAGAACUACUGGAACAGCACCCUUGGCCGGAAGGCGCUCCCGGCGCGACUGGACACCACCAGGACGGUCGCCACACCCUGCCCCUCCGCCAGCUCCGGCUCCUCCACCGGGGCGUCGACAGCAUGGCUUUCCUCUAACUGCGGGGAUGGUACAAGUGCCAAGGCUGCGGGGCUGCUGUCGUCGGCCUCGGUGUGGGUGCCCAAGCCCGUGAGGUGCACAGGCGGUCUCUUCCUCAGCCGGGAUGCGCCGCCCCCGCCGGUCAUGGAGACGCGGGCCGUGGGAGGAGACGCAGAUGAGUGCAGCGGCAGCAGCUUGGUGGCAUCGUCGGGCGGUGGCGACUGGAUGGACGACGUAAGAGCCUUAGCGUCGUUUCUCGAGUCCGACGAGGACUGGGACUGGGUCAAGUCCCUGCAGAUGGCGUAUUAACGCUCACAAUCUUUUUCAGCACAGCACAUGCACGUUUAUCACUACGUACGAACAGGGAUUUGUAUUGUAUGUGCAAAUGUACGAUACAGCUCCUUGUACGUACGUUGCCUUCGGGCUGAGAGCACUUGACUAAUGA